GAUCCAGACUAACAUGGCUACCCCUCUGAUACUUGAGAGAAUGCUGAUUCAUCAAACAUGAAACCUUCAGCUAAUCAAAGGCACAGUUCCAUGGAAAACCUAUCAGCUCAUUGGGGUGCUCAGGACCUCUGUUUUCCAGGAAAUGCAGCUCUGAGGGGACUUCCAGUGCUUUCACGCUCCCUGACAUAGAGUUAGGAACUGGAAGCCCUGGGAUGGGCUCCCAGGAUCAGCUCUCCUAAGGCAAAUCCACCAUGCAGACUGGCCCCCGAUAACAGCAACCGUGAAAUUCACAAGAAUACUCGUAAGCAAAAAUCAACUCCCUCCUCCUCCCAAAACACACAGGAGAGAAGUUGGAAAUCAGCAUUAUCUGCCUCUCUUGGCCGACUCGCCUCUUGAUGGACACAGGCCUAACGAAUCUGAGUGUAAGCACCACCUCUGGCCAGCACACUCUCCAGACCUCUCAGCAAGAGUGCAGCUUUUGGAUAUGCUGGAAGACCAGGCUCUGAAAGCACCCAUGGAGGGUGUUGAAGUCAAGAGAGAAACAAAAGGGGAAAAGAAGACACAAAACCAGACUCCAGUGAGAAAAUGUGGGAAGGGAGUCAGCAAAGCCGUGGGCUAUAUCACAGGAGACAUGAAACAGUUUGGAGUCUGGCUUCAAGAUAAACCGGUCCCAUUUCAGUUUGUCGACUGGGUCCUGCGAGGGAUAUCCCAGGUCAUGUUUGUCAAUAACCCUCUCAGUGGGCUUAUCAUGAUUGUUGGGUUCCUUGUCCAGAAUCGUUGGUGGACACUUACAGGCUGUUUAGGAACAGUUGUCUCAACGUUAACAGCACUUCUUCUGAAUCAGGACAGAUCAUCCAUAGCAGCAGGACUGCAUGGCUAUAAUGGGGUCCUGGUGGGACUGCUCAUAGCAGUAUUAUCUGACAAGGGAAACUUCUAUUGGUGGCUUCUACUGCCUGUUGCUGCAGUAUCCAUGACAUGCCCAGUUUUCUCCAGUGCUUUAGGCUCAAUCUUCAGUAGGUGGGAUCUUCCUGUUUUCACCCUGCCUUUCAAUGCAGCACUGACAUUAUACUCUGCGGCCACUGGACACUACAACCUUUUCUUCCCUACAGUCCUCACUAAGCCUGCAACAUCAGUGCCCAAUAUCACCUGGUCCACCAUUGAUGUGCCAAAGUUGUUACAAUCCAUUCCAGUCGGCGUCGGCCAGGUGUAUGGCUGUGAUAAUCCCUGGACUGGUGGCAUCUUCCUGGUUGCUUUAUUCAUCUCCUCUCCUCUCAUUUGCUUGCACGCUGCAAUUGGAUCAGCAGUGGGGAUGCUGGCAGCACUGAGCCUAGCAGCACCUUUUAGCAAUAUCUAUGCUGGCUUGUGGAGUUACAACAGUUGCCUCGCAUGCAUCGCUAUCGGGGGCAUGUUCUAUGCUCUGACAUGGCAGACCCACCUGCUAGCAAUUGCCUGUGCAUUCUUUUGUGCCUAUCUGGGAGCAGCUGUAGCCAAUAUGUUUUCCGUGUUCGGAUUAGCAGCGUUUACCUGGGCUUUUUGCUUGUCUGCAUUCACCUUUCUGUUACUAAACACAAACAUCUCCGCGAUCUACAAGUUACCUCUCAACAAAGUCACUUACCCGGAAGCCAACCGAGUGUAUUACCUCACGAUGAAGAAGCAGUACUGGGUUUACGAUGGCACCAGUGGUGCCAUGGCUCUGGGCCCAAACUCAGAAGGGGCCCUGGCCAGAUCGAUCCCCCAGCCAGCUGAGCCAGCCAGGAAAGCUGUCUCCACCCCUGCUCUGCCCCCACCCCAUCUCUUCCCCCCUCUGCUCCGCACCAGCCCCACCCCCACUCCAUCCCCUCCCCUGAGCUAUGUAUCCUGGGGGACUGCAGCAGGGGUCGGGCACACCCUGCACUCAGCGGGCGGUGGGAAGUGGAGUGACCUGGCUCCAGCCCGCUCCACUCCGCCAGCUCCCAGACAUGCCACCAGUGAGUGCUGGGUGGCAGUUACCUCCUACCCCCCAAGUCCCAAGGCUGGGAGCCAGGGGAUCAGAGCGGAGCAGGUGGGGGCCAAGUUACUUCACUUUCCCCCACCCUGUGAGUGCGGGGUCAGACCCACCCUGCAAUCACCAGGUGGCAGGAAGUAGAGCAACCCAACCCCACCCCACUCCGCUCCGCUGGCUCGUGCUGGAUGGCGGUUUACCCCCUUCCCCCCAAGCCUGGGGAGGAGAUGGAGCAGUGGGGAAGGGGCAUGGGAUGGGGAAGAGAAGGGGAUGGGGGAAGCUGGAGCAGGGGGGAAGCAGGGGCAGAAGGGGGUGGGGUGGGGAGAAGAUGGAGCAAUGGCGAAGGGACAUGGGAUGGGCAAGAGAAGGGGAUAAGGGAAGUGGGGGUAGGGGGAAGGGAGGAGAUGGUGUAGUGGGGAAGGGGCAUGGGAUGGGGAAGAGAAGGAGAUGGGGGAAGUGGAGGCAGCGGGGAAGGAAGUGGGUGGGAUGGGGAGGAGAUGAAGCAUUGGGGAAGGGCAUGAGAUGGAGAAGAGAAGAGGAUGAGGGAAGUGGGGGCAGGGGCGGCAGAGGCAGUGGGGAAGGAAGUGGGUGGGAUGGGAGGAGAUGGAGCAGUGGGGAAGGGCAUGGGAUGGGGAAGGGGCAUGGGAUGGGGAAGAGAAGGGGAUGGGGCAAGCGAGGUUAGGGGAAGCGGGGGCCCAGCAUGAGGAUCCCCUUGGCAGAAGCUGGGGCUCCCUGUUAAGCAGGCUUAUCAAACCCUCACCCUGACAAACCCCACCUCCUCUGUAUCUGUACCACCCCAAUGAGCCCCCCAGACACCCUCCCCACUGAGUCCCAACCACCUGCACCCCCACCCAAAUGAUCUGCACCUCCCCUGCACCUAGACCUCCCCGCUGAGCCCCAAACACCUUCACCUGGAUCCCCUGCAGAGUCCCACUGCCACUGCUCCUGGAACCCUCAAUGAGCUUCUGUGCAUCCAGACCUCCCACUGAGCGGCCUGCAUCCAGACCUC